AUGCCAUGCUCAUCGACAUAUCACCCGCUCGUCGUGAGCCCGGAGAGCACACCCAGACCCAUAGGUCUAUCCGGGCUGGGAGAGGCCGACCUGGCCAAGGUUGAAGAGGCUGUGAAGGGCGUUUCGACCCUCCACAUUGGCCUGACAAAGAUGGCGGAAGCUCAAGCCAGUGAGCACACCCGCGAUGAUACAUUCCGCACCCCCACUCACCUCUGUUCCUUUUACCCAGAGGAGCUUGCUACGCGAAAGGAAGCUCAUACUUUUGACCAGGAGAUUCGAGCUGAGCGUGCUCGUGAGCUCAGACGAUACGGCCAUCGCAGCCAUAACCUCACACUGGACCACCGUAACUCAGUGUCAGGUCCAUCGUUCCGCUCCUCACACCCCAACUACUACCCUCGUGAACGGCUGGUCCAUAGUCAUUGGCCUAAGCCCCACACCACAGCUCAGGUCAUUGCUGAGGUCAACAGCAAUGCUGCUACCAUCCUAGCUCCUGCUCCUGCACGUAUUGUACCAGCGACAGACCCCGGGCCUGACAUAGAGGAAAUUAUCGCAGCUGCCGAGCAGCUCGACCUCAAACAGGCUUCGCGGAUGCCAGAUGUCACCACCAAAGACAUUUUCAGUAGACUCAUUCUUAUUGGUAUAUUGAUAGUUAAUGUACUUACCUUGGUCCUUCUCUCAGCUGCCUUUGCGUCCAUUGGGCCAACACGCAAGAACUAA